GGUCAUCCUCACACUGAAUACUUUCACUGAUUGAUGCACGUUAAAACACCUUUUUUCCACCCCCUCUAUCAUCGUCACGUCCACUCUAAUCUACGCCCUACCUUUCGUUCUCAAGAUCGACGUUACUGCCGGACCCGACAGACUUGUCUCCUACAGGCCAUUGCUUACGGUAGUCUGCCCAUCAAUACGCUCUGACCCGCGACCAUCUUCCGCAACCUGUUUGCCACUUCUACUUUCUACCAGGCGCUUGAUGAAAAUGGCUGCACAACGUAGGAGGAAUAUUGUCCAACGUCGCCGUCGGAAUGAAGAGGAAGGAGACGAUGAAGCGUCAGUGGUGACUGACCAUAACGAUGACUCGCAGAGCGAAGGAUCGAUCCAGAGUGAUCAGGACGCGGAUGCAGAUGCUAGCGAUUUGAGCGACACUGAAACACCCGGACCAUUGAACGAUUCAGAAAUUCAUAGGAAACCUCAGUCUCGCCAACAGCGAUCUGACAACAUUCGCAGCGGUCAGAAUGAAAUACUGACAGGGGAAAAUGGUGAUAAAUUCUUUCCACAGUCUACCGACACGGUUGUGAUGAUGAAUGGAUUGAACUUAUCCGAAUCAGUUGCGAAAGACGAAGGGGUCGAUUUUGAGACACUGAAUCGCAAGAGACAUGCUGUUCCCACACACCCUGUCAUUGUGACUAGUAAACAGGAGACACCCGCCGAAAGAAGGAGACGCGAGCAUGAGGAAUAUCGCAGAAAGAAGGAAGAUGAUCCUGCCUUCAUUCCGAACAGAGGACCCUUCUUCAUGCACGACCAGCGGGCCUCUGGCCCAGGAGCAAAUGGUUUUCGAUCGAUAGCAAGAGGUCGAGGAAGAGGGAGGGGUGGUGUGGGUGCACCUUUUGCAUCACACAAUGAUGUUGCUCCACCUGACGAAACCUUAAGCGGACCUUGGGCUCACGAUCUACAUCAGUCUCUUCUGGAUCAAGACGGCAGAGCGCAACUGUCUAUAAAUCCUACAUAUCCCUCUUUCUCGAAUACUCAAUCUGCAGUGCGGAAGGCUAUCCCUGCACCAUCCCGACCGAACCUCGCACAAUCCUUCUCUACCACCCGCGAGAUAGCGAAAGCUCUUAUACGUGUCUCGCUUCCUGGUAUGGAAGUGCCCGUUAACUUCGCAGAUGUUCCGCUCAAAUUAUACGCUCGGCUCCCGAACCAUCGGCCGCCUUUGCGAAGAGACAAACCAGUACGAAUAUCAUUGCCUAACCAUCCACCGCGAUAUAUAUUUCCUUCUACUGAGCGAUCAUUCAUCUUCAUUCCGCGAGCUAUGCGUCCAAAUCAGCAAGGAUUUGGCAGAGGGCGAGGCAGAGGUAUUGGAUCCAUGGGAGGCUUCUCGAGUCGUCGGACAAGUGUAUAUGCUGGCAGCGUCAACUCGCCAAGCGUGGCUAUGAGCAGGAGAUCUUCUCUUGCACGGGAAUUCCCCCGAGACGGCAUCAUCUCGCCUACAGGGUCCGUCGUGUCCAGACCACCGGGUUCAUCUGACAUGGUCAAGCCUAUCGUUCGUCUGCCACCUGGACAGACGCAGGCUUCAGCAUUCGGACAUGCGACACCAAUAGUGAACAUACCUCCCCCAUCUACAUAUCCCUUACCACAGCGACCCGCUUUCAGAGAGAACUCUGCAGGCCUUCCGAUGUACCAGCCUCGUCCACAGAAAGCUGUGUCGAUGGCCGGUAUAGAGUCGCCUGUGAAUGUUUUUGCGGCGCCUCUGCAGCAAGAACAACUUCCGUUUCACCAGCAAGUGCCUCCUCAAUUGAACGGACAAGGUCCUCCAGACCAAACGCAACAAUACCCUCCUCAUACACGACAGCUUUCCUAUCCAAGUCAGCCAUCGACAGGGACUCCACUUUCUCACAUUCCAGAACGUGCUAUUCAUGCACAGCCAUUCCAGCCUUACCAGCAAUCAGGAUAUCCUAUGCCCAACGGAUAUGCGCCUGGCUAUUUCUAUGCUCCUUCAAAUCCUCCUCAGGGCCAAUAUCCUACCGUAACACCAAGCGGUAUGGUUCCAAUGUACAUGCAGGGUGGCCAGUCAGGUACAUAUAUGUUACCGGCAGGACCUGCGUCUGUAUCUGUCCCUGUUACCAACACGACACAGUCGCAAGCUAGUAUGGUGGCGCACGAGGCCAACGGGACGGUGUAUUAUUAUGAUCCAUUCAGCGUAUACACUGCAACAGCUAUGGAGGGCUAUGCUCCUACGAGCUACGCAGUACCUGGGAUUGGUGGCAUGAUGACACCCAGUCCUGAUGGGUAUCACUACCCACAGAUGCAACCAGGUGGGACAGUGUACUACGGGUAACGAAAGCAACACGUCCCUGUGGAUUGGCAAUAGCAACACCGCGUUCUUGUAACAUGUACAUGUCGUCCGUUUAGCGAGUCU